AGUUUCACAUUUACUUGUCAUUUGUGGUGUCUGGGUCCUCAAAAUCUUUGGUAGGUACAUUCCAGCUGAUUUGAAUUCUAAUGCCCCAUUUUCAUUUCCAGUCACGAAAAUAGGGUGCCAUGGGUAUGCUUCUCUUUCAGUGAGAAUUUGUGUGGAUUGGAACAGAGGCCGUGUUCUCGCAUCUAGGAGAUAGCGGUAGCUUUUUAUUUUUUCAGGAAGCUUUGUGAAAAGUCACAGUGAACGAAAACGGAAAAAAAAAAAAAGUAGGGUACUAUGCGAUUCUGAGAUGUAUUUCCUGAGUGUACACAGCCUCCAACAUGCAAAGAGAAAUGACGAAGUAAAGCAAGCAGCAUAGAGACGGCUCAACGCUUCUGUGGAGUUAAGAACUAAUUCUACAAAAUAUUCUCUGGCCUAUUGAAAGCUAAACUGAGCUCAAACUCCAUCCAAAGAAGAACAAUGUUGAACUCCUCCAGCCUGGAGCACAUAGCUGAACUGUGUAAGAAUCAAACAGAGGGACAUGAAACGUUCUUUUUUGCCGUGGUGUAUGCUCUCGUCUUCGUCGCUGGGCUCAUCCUCAACUUUAUGGCGCUUUUAGUUUUCUUCUUCCAAACCAAGUCACGCUCACACACCAUUGUCUACAUGACCAAUCUUGCUUUAGCAGACCUUCUUCUAGUUUGCACUCUGCCAUUAAGGAUCUAUCAUUAUUUCCACAAGCUACCACAGAAGACCUGUGAAAUUGCUGGGCUUAUAUUGUUAGUCAACAUGUACGGAAGCAUCUUCCUGCUCACUUGUGUUUGCCUUGACCGUUGCUUGGCCGUCUGCUUCCCUAUGUCUUCCCGAGUGCGUGAAGGCCGCAAAAAGGCACCACUAGUGUGCGUAGGGAUUUGGAUGCUAACCAUAGGAGCUAGCCUGCCCAUGUACCUGGAUGGAGGGAAAAAUAAAAUAAACAAGACAGGACAAGAGCAUUGUUUCAGAAGCUUUCCACAUUUUGCCACACAAACAUCCGCCAUGACCUCUUCCAUAGCCAUAGGAUUUGGGAUCCCACUGGUUAUCAUGGUUCUCUGUUCCUGGGGACUUGUUCGGGCCAUCAAGAAAAGCACUGCUGCACAGACAGAUGGCUUAGUCAACAGCCGCAAGAUCCAGAAGAUGAUUAGCACCAACCUGGCCAUCUUUCUGUUCUGCUUUCUGCCAUAUCAUCUCAUGUUGGCUGUGCUAUACUCCUACAGUAGGCAUACAAAAAGCAUGCCAUGCUCAGCGAUAUCUGCCUACCAAUACAGUCUGAUGAUAGCCUGCCUGAAUGCUGCUCUGGACCCACUGGCUUACUACUUCACCACAGAGACGUUCCGCAAAAACGUCGACAUUGAUAUUGUUUGGAGGAUGUGGCCCAUGAACAGUCACAGCUCAGAUGGAGCCACCCGUUCCAGAGCGCCUCUCAAUACCUGAAGGCUCCAAUUUUGCUUGUUGCCUAGUGGGUGUCAAAAUUACUGUCCACAAACAGUUACGUAAUAAUCAUGAACUUGAGAAAUGCUUUGUCAGGGUCCUGUUUUCACAACAGAAAAAAGUUCCACUAACUCAAAACUGUCAGUUGAUAUGAUUAAAGGGUUCUCUGCAUGGUGAAAUGGUUCUUCAGAUUGAUGGAGAAAGUGCUAUAGAUGGUUCUAUACAGAACCUUUAUAAAAAGGGACUUUCUGUUGUUACAAACUUGACAACGAAAUAACAAUAUAUAGCAUGUUGUUGGUGCUAUAUAAAGCUUUUCUAAAAGGUUGUGUAUAGAACCGUUUAUAGCACAUUCUCCAUCUAUCUGAAGAAUUCCACCAGAAUAUUUCACCAUGCAAAGAACCGUUUAAUCAUGAGAAGGGUUUUUCUAUACAGAACCAUUUUCUUUACUAAAGAGCACUUAAAGAACCAUAAAGAGUGUACGUGAAACAGUCACCUUAAAUUUUAGGCCCUCAACAUUUUGGAAUUCUGCCAUCAGCCAAACAAUGUGGCAUAAUGUUAUACACUGAUAUAUGGAGAAAUAAAGCAGAUGUUGCAAAGAUCAUUCACAAAAACAUGUAACUACACAGUGCCACAGUACACAUUUUGUUGUUUCUGUUUUAGGAGUAGUGUGCAAAAUGUACAUCCAGUACUAUGAUCAGUUUCACAAUACAGCAUGAUUUCCGCUGGCAUUGCGUGCACAUUUUAUCUUGACUCAGUGGAGGAUGAUUCAUAAGGAAAGUUCAGUUAAAGCUAUCAAACAAUGAUUAGUGACCACUUUAGCAUGCUACACAAAAUCUGCGUCACUGAUGCAAUGAUACAUCAUAACCACAUCCAGCAAUAUGGUAGAGAAACGGGAAGAGAAUCUAUAAUACUGAGUUGUAUGUGACCUUUGUCUUUUUAACUUUUCCAAAGCAACUUCAUGCCAUUAAUGACUGUAUAGAGUCUGCACGGCAUAAAGACAAAAUAAAAUGACAAGAUGUUUCUAAACAUCACAGCAGCAUUAUCUACUCUAAAGUGAUUUUUGAGUUGAGGUGCAUUCAAAGAUACUAUGCAUUAGUUUGGAUAUUACUGAGGGUAAUGAGGAACUAGUCCAUUUAUGUCAACAAGAACAUCUUUCCUGUGGCCUCCUCACUGACAAAAAUAGAUGCACAUGGCCAGCAAAGAAAUAGCACAUUCAGAAUUGCCUUACUUUGGUCACCUGCAAGAGGAACAGAUGCAGAUUGGCUGGUGGUUUCUCAGAAGAGGAACCAGUUCACCAAGCUUGCUCACGUUUAUGUGGUUUAUGUAGAAAGUAAACACACAUGGAGGAUGUGAAAUGUUUGUUUUCAUUGUAGUCUGAAGUCAUUAUUAUUACAUUUAUUAUAGUGUACAGUGUUAUAUAUUUGCUUUCUCUUAAUGCACUGUUCACCUCUUUCCUCAGCCAUGUUACAAAUGGUGUUGACUUCACAACUCAAUACCAAUUUGUGUAGCAAAAAUUUCAAACUUUUUAUUAUUAUUAUUUUUGGUGUUCAUGUGGUGUUUCCUAGUGGAAAACUUGUUUUGCUGGUAAAAGCAAGACCACUUGAAAGCAGCAUGAUUUUAUAUAAAAAGUAGAGUUAAUGUGGAUAAAAUAAUAACCUCUUCUUUGUUAUCUUGA